AUGAGGCCGUCUUUUAGGAAGAAGUUCAGCCUCGGCAGAAGGAAGCCGUCGUGGAGCUGGGAAGCCUCGCCUGCUAAGGGCUUCAGGACCGUGUGCGUGGUGGUGGGUGCACAUGUCUUCACGUGGGCGCCCUACUCGCUAAUGGCCGUGGCAGAGGCAGUUUUAGGCGUCGAGAGGGUGUCCGUUUUACCUCACUGGAUCAGGGUGACCUCGACCUUGCUCCUGUUCACGGCCAGCGUCUUCUACCCCAUCGUCUACGGGCUCUACAACCGGUCCAUAAGGAAAGAGGUCGUGACCUGUCUUUGCCCGAGCAGCAGCAGAGCACGGCGCAGAGGCAGCCUGAACCCCAGGCCGUCGACUCUCAACUCAUUCACUGGUAAAGAUGCGGAAGAAAAAGGAAUAUAG